UCUCCUGGACACGCUGCUCUCACACACCCGCCGGCGGAUGAGACACGAGGAGGAGGAGGAGGAGGUGGGAGACGCUGCCUUCAUCUCUCCCAUCACUCCAUCACUUUGACAUAAAAAGAAAAAGAAGGAAAGAAAUGCAGAGCAACAACCACAAGAGAGGACACACAGGAUAUAACAUACAUAGUUUUUAUUAAAGAGAAAAAAAAACCUACUCUUCCCCAUUCUCCUUUUCAAGGAGGGCAUUUUUCUUCCCUUUCCCCCCCUUUCCUUUUCUGCCCCGAUUUUUUCCUCUGAGAUCCCGGUGUUGCUGCCCCACUGAACUUCUCCGGGAUUUCAGGUGAGGCGCGCGUGUGUAGUGUGGGGUGCCUUUAUUUUUUUUAUUCCACGUUUUUUUUUUCUGCCACCUGUCAUGGCGCACGCGGCCUCCCAAUUGAAGAAGAAUCGGGGGGAAGUGGAUGUGAAUGCGAUAGAGGACGAGAAGGAGAAGCGGCGGAAGAGCAGGAGAGCAUCGUCCCGGGAACAAAAGAGAAAGUCUGAUAGCAAUGCCAGUUACCUGCGAGCUGCCCGGGCAGGGAACCUUGAAAAAGUCCUUGACUACCUCAAGUCUGGAGUUGAAAUUAACAUCUGCAAUCAGAAUGGCCUGAACGCUCUUCAUCUGGCCUCCAAAGAGGGGCAUGUGGAGGUUGUUGCUGAGUUGCUGAAGCUUGGAGCCGCUGUGGAUGCAGCCACAAAGAAAGGAAACACUGCUCUGCACAUAGCCUCACUGGCCGGCCAGGGGGAAGUCGUCAAAGAGCUGGUCACUAAUGGAGCCAAUGUCAACGCACAAUCACAGAAUGGCUUCACUCCUCUGUACAUGGCAGCCCAGGAGAAUCACCUGGAGGUUGUUCGGUUCCUACUGGAGAACAGCGCCAGCCAGAGCAUCGCCACAGAGGAUGGUUUCACCCCUCUGGCAGUGGCCCUCCAGCAGGGCCAUGACCAGGUGGUCUCCCUGCUGCUGGAGAACGAUACAAAGGGCAAGGUGCGUCUGCCUGCCCUGCACAUCGCUGCUCGCAAGGACGACACCAAGGCCGCGGCCCUGCUCCUGCAGAACGACCACAACGCUGAUGUUGAGUCCAAGAGUGGUUUCACCCCCCUCCACAUUGCAGCUCAUUAUGGAAACAUUAACGURGCCACACUGUUGCUGAACCGAGGGGCUGCUGUGGAUUUCAUGGCUCGGAAUGACAUCACACCGCUUCACGUGGCAGCAAAAAGGGGCAACAGCAACAUGGUCAAGUUGCUGCUGGACAGAGGGUCCAAGAUUGAUGCAAAGACCAAGGAUGGUCUGACACCUCUCCACUGUGGAGCGAGAAGCGGGCAUGAGCAGGUGGUCGAAAUCCUGCUGGACCGAGGAGCUCCUAUCCUGUCCAAGACCAAGAACGGCCUGUCGCCGCUGCACAUGGCCACCCAGGGGGACCACCUGAACUGCGUCCAGCUCCUGCUCCAGCACGACGUGCCGGUGGACGACGUCACCAACGACUACCUGACGGCUCUGCACGUCGCUGCGCACUGCGGUCACUACAAGGUGGCCAAGCUCAUUGUGGACAAGAAGGCCAACCCAAACGCAAAGGCUCUGAACGGUUUCACGCCGCUUCACAUCGCUUGCAAGAAGAAUAGAGUGAAAGUGAUGGAGCUUUUGCUUAAACAUGGGGCAUCYAUCCAAGCUGUCACUGAGUCUGGCCUGACACCCAUCCACGUGGCAGCSUUUAUGGGGCAUGAAAACAUUGUCCAUGCACUGACACGGCACGGAGCAUCACCCAACACCACCAACGUUCGAGGGGAGACGGCCCUCCACAUGGCAGCCAGGGCAGGCCAAGCAGACGURGUGCGAUACCUGCUGAAAAACGGAGCCAAGGUUGACACCAAGUCCAAGGAUGAUCAGACAGCGCUGCACAUCUCCAGUCGGCUGGGGAAGGUAGACAUCGUCCAGCAGCUGCUGCAGUGUGGCGCCUCUGCCAACGCUGCCACCACUUCAGGUUACACCCCACUGCAUCUGGCAGCCCGAGAAGGACACCAAGAUGUUGCUGCCAUGCUGCUGGAGAACGGUGCCUCGCUUUCAUCUGCAACUAAACAGAAAGGCUUCACGCCGCUGCAUGUGGCGGCAAAGUACGGCAAGAUGGAGGUGGCCAGCUUGCUCCUUCAGCGGAAGGCCCCACCUGAUGCUGCUGGAAAGAGUGGGCUAACUCCACUGCAUGUAGCCGCUCACUACGAUAAUCAGAGAGUGGCGCUGCUGCUGCUGGAUCAGGGAGCUUCCCCGCACGCUGCCGCCAAGAAUGGCUACACGCCUCUCCACAUUGCUGCCAAAAAGAACCAAAUGGACAUCGGGACCACUCUGCUGGAGUACGGCGCCGACACCAACGCAGUGACACGGCAGGGCAUCAGUCCCAUUCACCUGGCGGCGCAGGAAGGCAGCGUGGACCUCGUGUCCCUGCUGCUGGCCAAGAACGCUGACGUCAAUGUGUGCAAUAAGAGCGGACUCACGCCUCUGCACCUAGCAGCUCAGGAAGACAAGGUCAAUGUUGCAGAAGUCCUUCUCAACCAGGGGGCCAACGUCAACCCACAAACAAAGAUGGGUUACACACCGCUGCACGUGGCUUGUCACUACGGCAAUGGAAAGAUGGCGAACUUUCUGCUGCAAAACCAUGCCAAAGUCAACGCCAGAACCAAGAAUGGGUACACUCCUCUACACCAAGCAGCUCAGCAGGGCCACACCCACAUCAUCAACCUGCUGCUUCAGCACGGAGCCUCCGCCAACGACCUCACAGCG